AUGACGAGGAAGACGAGUACAUCAAGGGCCAGAGCAAGGAGAGCAAGCGCGAGCGCCAACGCAAGGAGAAGAAUAUCCUUGAAGUCGACAUGCGCUUCGUUGAGGUCCCGCGACGUGGUGGUGACUCCUCCCGUGGCCGUGGCCGUGGUGGUGACCGUGGCGGCGAUCGCGGUCGUGGCGGCCGUGGCGGACGUGGUGAUUUCCGUGGUGGCCGUGGAAACGGUCGCGGAGCUCCUCGCGGCGGACCUUCCCACGCUACCGGCCCUACCGUCGACGAGAAGAACUUCCCUUCUCUUGGAGGCAAAUAAGCGAGCAGAUCUCUACAGCUCCAUGUGCAUGGACUGGCUCCCUAAGAAGGGUGACAGGGCCGGUCUUACACCAAGGCUGCUACUCAACUAA